AUGAAUCUUCGCCCGGCGAGCGGGCAUAUACGGUACGAGCUACCCUUCAUUCGGCCAGAACUCCGCGCUCACUCUGCUCUAGAUUGUCUCCUUGUCGUCAAGCUGUCCCUCGCUGCUGUCAGAAGUCUUCGAAAGCACCGGGACCCGCCCUCGUCACCGCACGCCAUCUUCAAGUCGAAUACAACGCUGAAGCAAUGCAUUGUCGUCCGCCGAGCGAUCAUAUACGAUCACGACGGCGCGGAUGAUAUUCGUUCGUGGAACGAGGCUGGGAGACUCGCGGCCCAAAUUCCCUCCCCCGCUUCGCACCCUCGUGCUCGCCAACCACCUCAUCAAAUGCUGAAGCAAUGCAUCUUCUUCCGCCGAGAGAGGAUAUACGAAGUCCGCGGCGGUGGAUCGACAUUCGGCAAUCAAGACUGGCCCUCGAAGCCUGCGCUCUCGCUCAACGACUCGCUCACGCCGUCACCGACUCGGCAGCACCGUCUUUAUCGCGCCAACUCGAUUGGUAGCUCGCCAGCGCCAUCUGCAAGUCGUCCACCCCCUCAGCAUCGCUCGACAUGUCGUGCAAGCUCAAUGACUUCGGCUUCACUUCAACUAUUCCUCUCUGCAGCCCACGCCUUCGCCAUGACCCUCAAGUCAAUCGCCUCGCCUUCGAUCUCAAGCGCGACCCUCGCCCUCGCUCUUGUUCCCAAGUGGGACCCUCGCCCUCGCUCUCACUCCCGACUGCGACCUUCACCGUCGCCUUUGCUUUCGGGCCUCGCUUCCUCUUCCACUCCCAAGCUUAUCAUCUACCCUCGCUUGUCGCCUCAAGUGCGACCCCUCUUCGAACCUGCCUCGCCUCAGGCUUCCGGUGCUCAUCCCGAGCUGUCCAGCGAUCACCCCAAGCUUACCAACCCUCCCUCAAUCUCCCCGGCGCUCUCCUCCACCUCUCGAAGGUCCCCUUCACUGACCAUCGCCUCCCAAACGAUUCCACGGUGCCCGCAUCCCUCCGAGUGA